AUGAUGGGAAAUCGACGAAUGAGGAGAAAACAGCGACGAAGAUUGGAAACUAAAUCACAAGAAGAGCUGAUGGUGCUUGUUAAAACUCAAGUUGUGUUAAAGAAGAAACUUGAUGCGAAGAUAGCUGAACUAACAGCUGCAAAUGUUCGUUUAUGCCAAACCGAAGAAGAACUUCUUAAUAAACUCGACGAUGAACAAUCGGAAACGAAAAGGCUUAGACAGGAACUCGAACAGAAUCAAACGAACGAAGGAAAGCUUCAGCAAGAACUAAAUAAAUAUCGCGAAUCUUCCGAAUGUUUACAAUUGCAAAACGAAUCAUUGAAAACCUCGUGCAAAUAUUUCCAAGACGAGCUAUCGACGGUCCAAAAUGCUCUAUCCAACUUUCGUACAUCGGCCAGUACUCAUGAAGACGAACUAACAAAUAAAUUAACUGUUGCACAAAAUACGAUCGAAAAUCUUCUCAAUGAGAAACAAUUGUACGAACAAGAAAAACUGGAAAUGCAAGCACUGACCGAAAAGCUCCGAUCGGAUCUCAACGAUCUUCAAUUGAAAUUCGAUUCAGCGGAAACCGACAAACCGCAAUCGGAAGAAACGAUUGAUCGAACUGAUGAGGUGAUUGCUGAGCGAAUGCAUUCUCUCCUUGACAAUGGAGACGUUUCAGCAUUGCUCUCAUCAAUUGGAAUCAAGGAUGAUGACUAUGAACCAUUCAAUCUUGAAGGUCUUCUUCGAUUAUGCUCGUUAUUACUCGAACGAUGUAAAAACAUGCAGAAAUCAGUGUUAAUUAGUGAAAAUGAUGGUUAUGAACGAUGUCAAUUACUCAUCCAUCGACAGGAACAUUCGGGAUUAGAUUCAUUUUUUGAACAUCUCUCUUCAUCUGUAGAUCAACUCAACGAUUGGCGAAUCGAUCUGAUAAAACCAACGGAUAAGAGUGUUGACCAAUACAUUCGGUUGGAAGUGAAUGAUAACAAAUUUGUUUCUCAACAAAUCGAAGACGACCUGAAGGAGAGAUGUGCUCAGCUUGAUCAGUUAGCCGAAGAAAAUUCUCAUUUGAAAACAUUAGAAGACCAGCUGCAUCAAGAACGUGAAAAGAUUCGCGUUCUGGAAGAAGAUCUUCGUGCUUUCGAACAGUUAAAAGAACAGUUUGUAGAACAACAGCAGAAAUUCCAAUUAUCACAAGAGAAACUAACCGAACAACGACAGGAGAUUGAAAAUCUCGAAAACAAACUUCAAUCUUCUGAACAAAUGCAAAGCCAACAGCAAGAACCAGAAAGUCAGCUACUCGAAUAUCAACAAAGGAUCACGUCUCUCGAAGAAAAUCUACGUUCAUCCGAGCAAUUCAAAAUCCAACUCGACGAAGAGCGUCAAAAGACAGAUGAAUUACAAUCUACCAUCAACCAAGACAAAACCAAACUAGACCAACUCGAAAUCGCCUAUGACGAACUGCAACAAAAAUGUCUUCUUCUUCAAGAAGUCAAAUCCGAAUAUGAUUUGCUACGGGAGAAAUUCGAUGGGGCCAACCUUGCCUUAGCGGAAAAGCAGAAAGUGUAUGACAACCUGCAGUCCGAAUACGAACAUCAACGUCUUUACCUUCUCGACCGUGAUGAAAAUAUUCAUUUACUGAAAUUAAAAUUAGAGCAACAACAGCAAUCUGCUGAUGAAGAGAAAGACGAACGUUUGUCGUCUUUGUCGAAACAAAUCCAGCAGUAUACGGAUUUAUUGGAAACGAAGACAAAUGAAAACAAACAAUUGAAUGAACGUGUCACGGAAUUGGAAAAUGACUUGAAAGAAAAUAAAGAAUUACUUUUCGAAUCGAGCAAACAGGCAGAUGAUCUCGAUAGGCAGUUGCAAAAGUCGAUAAAUCAACUUGAAGAAGUGAAAAAUCAACUCGAUCAGAUCAACGACGAGAAAACAAAACUAAUAGAAAAAAUACAAAAUCUCGAAGCGACGAAAUCAGACUAUGGCCAAUUGCAACAAGAAUUCGAAGCCAAUCAAGCGAAAUACGAUGAACUCAUGCAAAUCAAUAACGAGAAAACUGAAACUGAAAAACAGUUGCAACAGACAAUCGAGAAACUUCAACAAGAAUUACAAUCCACGAUUGCGAAUGAGCAAACUCAACUCACCAAUGAAAACCUCGAAUUGAAACAAAAACUCGAAAAACAAACGCUUGAAAUCGAUGAGCUGAAAGAGAAGCAGCAAAAGAUGAAACUUCUCUUAGCGCGUCUGAAAAAAGAACUACAAGAAAAAGCUCAACAACUGCCCAAACAGAGUCUGAUCGAUCUAGAGAUAGCCGAUUAUGAGAAAACGAUCAAAGCUCUAAAAGACGAUCUGACACGCAAAGACAAAGAAAUGCAAGAGCUACGAGAUGACAUCAGCAAUCUCAACGAAAAGAAUCUCUCCCUCAAACAAGAAAUGGAAAAUUUAGAACAACAAAAAACUCAAACCGACGAACGCGCGAACAGAUUGAAAGAUCUACUAGAUACGACCAAGAAAGAAUUACAUGAUGCAAAGAAUCUCCAACAAGAGAUGCAUCAGAAUGAAGAUACUGUUCGAUCAUUGAUCGAUAGAUUACAAAGCGAAUUAGACGAUCAUAAAGUGUCCAUGAGUCAACUAUUUGCAGAUAAACAACUAUUAACCGAACGAUUGAAUAAUCAAAACGAAACAGCGCAGAAGACGAUUAAUUUAUUAGAACAAAAUCUUCGUAUUGCAAAACAUGAUCUAGACGUCGCUAAACAAGACUACGAGACACUACAAGAUGAUUUUAAUAGUUACAAAAUCCGCGCGCAAAGUGUGUUGAAGCAACAUCAAUCUGUACAACGUGAACGUUUGCCAUCGGUGGUUGAUAAACAGAGUGAAUUAGAAGAAACAAUUGAGAAAUUAAAGUUAACUCUUCAAGAAGCACAUAAUAAAAUUCAGUUGUUGAAAUCAGAAAAUGAAGACUUUCAGAGAGAACAAGAUCGUCUAACUGAAAUUCAAGCAAAAACACUCAGUGAAGCAAGAAAACGUGAACAGGAACUUCGAAGACAACAUCAAUUGGAACUUGAAAAAAUGGAAGCCGAUUAUGUGAAACGAACGAAUGACAGUCAUGACAUGAUGAAAGACAUCACACUCCAAAACGAAACGCUCUCCGUAGCAUUUAAAGAACGAAUCAGCACAAUGGAAGCAGAUCACGAACGUUCGAUGUCAAUUUUACAAAAUCAGCUACAGUCUUACAAACAAGAAAUCGAACAAUUAAAGAACCGUAUCGAAUCCUUACGACAAAUGCAUGUUGAACACGAAAAAGAAACGCCACAAUUCGCGCCUAUAAAUGAAUCAAACAAAGAUGAAAUUUCCUGGUCAUCUGCUGAACGACAACAAGGCGAAGGCUCUGAAUCUGCUAGUAAUGACCAUCAACCAAAUGAUGUGGCUGUUAAAACGUUAGAAAAUGUCUUGUUUGGCAGUUCAUCGAAUUACAAUCGAUCAUCAUCAUCGACAAAUUCGGACAAACCUCGGCACGUUCUUUUCGAAGACGCGGAGAUCGAACGACAACGUCUUGAAGAAGAAAUCAGCAAGACCAAAUAUCGUCUAUUGAAUACCACUGAACUUCUCAAUGAAUCCGAACUGAACAAUGUUCGUCUAAGCGAACAAGUCGCAUUGUUAAAAGAGGAAAUUCGACGAAUGGAACGAAAUGUCGAACGAGCCGAUUCGAUAUCCAAUUUAGAAUAUUUAAAAAAUGUGAUUUUGAAGUUUUUCGUCCUGAGAACCGCCUACGAACGUUUGCAAUUAAUACCUGUGCUAGUCACUAUGCUCAAAUUGAGUCCCGAUGAACAAGCAAAACUUGUUCGCGUUGCACAACAAACAUCAUCGAUUGAUAAUGACUCCGCAAAUAAUCAAUCUAAUGUAACACAAGAUGAAAACGCCAACACUUCUUCUUCUUCUUCCUCGUGGGGAUCAUAUUUAAAUAUUUGGUGA